CAUCCAUCAUCAUAAUCAGGUUAGUUCAUACUCACUUAAGUAUACCUUUCCUUCCUCCCUCCCUCCCUCCAUCCAUCCCAAUCAUUUGAGUUAUUUAUUAUCCAUCACGUAACUCACAUCUCACCCCAAUAUCAACCCUAAUAACUACUCAACCUAUCCCAUCCUUUAUUUAUUUUUUAUAAACUUAUCAUAGAUUUCAUCAUAGAUUUUAUACUUACAACUCAAUUUAUUCCUAUUCAGUACUACUAUUGCUAUUACUAUUACUAUUGUUACCUUCGUUUGUAUAUAUAUUCAUAACUCACUACUACUAAUAUGUCAACUAUUUCAAAAUUAUUAAAUUCAACCCUAGGUAAAGUAACCUUAGCUUCAGGUACUUUGGUUGGUGGUACCAUCAUCUAUUUGGAUUUCAUUAAAGCUCCAAAUCCUUCUCGUAUUGGUGAUUCUUAUAAACCUUUAACUAAACCCAUCAUUUCUCAUCCUACAAGAUCUCAAUUAAUCGAUAAUUUAAAAAAUACCAAGAAUUUCGAUGUUUUAAUCAUUGGUGGUGGGGCUGUUGGUACUGGUACAGCUGUUGAUGCUGCUACAAGAGGUUUAAAUGUUUGUUUGGUUGAAAAAUCAGAUUUUGCUUCUGGUACAUCAUCAAAAUCAACUAAAAUGGCUCAUGGUGGAGUAAGAUAUUUAGAAAAAGCUAUUUUCCAAUUAUCAAAAGCUCAAUUGGAUUUAGUUAUUGAAGCUUUAAAUGAAAGAGGUAAUAUGUUAAGAACUGCUCCUCAUUUAUGUUCAGUAUUACCUAUUAUGAUUCCAGUUUAUAAAUGGUGGCAAGUUCCUUAUUUCUUUGUCGGUUGUAAAAUGUAUGAUUGGUUUGCUGGUUAUCAAAAUUUAAGAUCUUCCACUAUUUUUUCACGUGAAUAUACUAAUUCAAUUGCUCCAAUGAUUGAUGAUUCAAAUUUAAAAGCUACUUGUGUUUAUCAUGAUGGUUCAUUUAAUGAUUCAAGAUAUAAUGCUACUUUAGCCAUUACUGCUAUUGAAAAUGGUGCAACCGUAUUAAAUUAUUUCAAUGUUGAACAAUUAUUAAAAGAUCCUCAAGGAAAAUUAACGGGGGUUAAAGCUAAAAAUCUUGAAACUAAUGAAUUAUUCACUAUAAAUGCUACUUCUGUAAUUAAUGCUACUGGACCAUUUGCUGAUAAAAUCUUAGAAAUGGAUGAAGAUCCUCAAGGUUUCUUACCAAAAGUUGAAUCUCCACCAAGAAUGGUUGUUCCAUCAAGUGGGGUUCAUAUUGUGUUACCUGAAUUUUAUUGUCCUAAAGAUAUUGGUUUAUUAGAUCCUGCUACUUCCGAUGGUAGAGUUAUGUUCUUUUUACCAUGGCAAGGGAAAGUCUUGGCUGGUACUACUGAUCAUGCUUUAAAAUCUGUUCCUGAAAGUCCAAUUGCUACUGAAGAAGAUAUUGAAGAUAUCUUAAAAGAAUUACAAAAGUAUCUUACAUUUAAAGUAUCUAAAGAUGAUGUUUUAAGUGCUUGGUGUGGUAUUAGACCUUUAGUUAGAGAUCCAACUAAUAUUCCAAAGGGAGCAGAUUUAACGGGUGCAACUGAAGGUAUUGUUCGUUCUCAUUUAAUUACCAAAACAAAUUCUGAUUUAAUUACAAUUAGUGGAGGUAAAUGGACUACUUAUAGAGAAAUGGCUCAAGAAACUGUUGAUACUAUCAUUAAGAAUUUUAAUUUCUCCAAGGAUAUUAAACCUUGUCAAACUAAUGAAAUCUUAUUGGCUGGUGGUGAAGAUUAUUCCAGUAAUUAUACAGAAAGAUUAAUUCAUGAAUAUAAAAUCCCCUUAAAAUUAGCUCAUCAUUUAGCUACUAAUUAUGGUUCAAGAUCCCCAUUGGUUUUAGAUUAUUAUUUUGAAAAUGAUUAUAAUAAACUACCAAUCACUAUAUCCCAUAAUAAAUCAAUAAAACCAUCUACCACUGCCAACACUGCUAAUGCUAUUGAUUUCUAUCAAAGUGUUGAUGAACCAUUCACUGUCGCUGAAUUGAAAUAUUCCAUAAAUUAUGAAUAUAUUAGAACUCCCGUUGAUUUCUUAGCUAGAAGAACAAGAUUAGCAUUCUUGAAUGCAAAGGAAGCUUUGAAUUCCAUCGAUGGGGUCAUUGAUAUCAUGAAAACUGAAUUGAAAUGGAAUGAUGCCACUACGAAAAGAAUGAAAUUAGAUGCUGUUGAUUAUAUUAGUAAAAUGACUCCAGUUCAAGCUGCUAAAGCUGAUCUUGCCGCUACUACUGCUUCUGUAGCUUAAAUAUAAUUAUUCCUGUCUUUUUUUAUAUUAUCUCCUCCUGUUUAACGCUUUUUUAUACUUUACUUUACUUUAAUUUACUUCCUUAAUAUAUAUAUAAUGUUUCCACCCUGUUUAAUAACUGUUACUAAUAAUAACUAUUAUGGUUGUAAAAAUAUUGC